AAUUGUAGUCACCCCCCAAAUAAAAAUAAAAAGAGUAAUGUUCCCAGUUCUUUCUAGCAGAGAGCCUUAUUUUUUUUCCCCAGCCGGUUUAGAGGCUUUGCUCGGUUCCACCUUAAGCUCGGCCCCGGAGGGGAGGGACCGGGCGGAGCUUCCCCCCCUUUUUUUACUCCGGUUGCCAGCCGGCUUCUUCCAGCAGGAGGAUCAAACCGGUUUCGAAGCGGAUCAGAGCGGCGGAUCGUUCCAGGUAGACCUCGGGCACGGCGCGGCUUCCUUGCGAGUCGUGUUGGGCGACAUCAUGAGCUCCCCGGCUGUAACUCCCGACGCGGAGCUGAAAGACGUGGAACUGAACGAGAUGGACACGGAGAAGCAGCCCAUGAACGCCUCUUCCCCCUUGGCCGGCUCCCCCGGCAGCGGCGAGAAGAACGGGGUGGUCUUUUUGAAAGUGGAGGAGGAGGAGGAGGAGGAUCGGGCCGCCCUGGCCAAAUUUACCGGCCUCUCCAAGGAAGAGCUGCUGGAGGUGGCCAGCACCCCAGCCUGGGUGCGCGCCCGCUGGGCCCUCCUCAUCCUCUUCUGGCUUGGGUGGCUGGGCAUGCUGGCGGGCGCCAUCGUCAUCAUCGUCCAGGCCCCCCGCUGUAAGGACCUGCCCAAGCAGGCGUGGUGGCAGAAGGGGGGCCUCUACCGCAUCCAGCCGGUGGACGGCUUCCAGGACUCCGAUGCCGACGGACAGGGCGAUCUGACAGGUCUGAAGCAACGGAUGGAUUAUAUUAGUUCACUCAAGGUGAAAGGUUUGGUGAUUGGGCCUCUUCACAUCAAUCCCAAAGACGACCAGAAUAGAACUAACCUCCAAGAGGUUGACCCCAGUUUUGGCACAUUGGAAGACUUCCGAGAGAUCCUGCAAGCAGCAAAGAAGAAAAGCCUAAAGGUUGUCUUAGAUCUGACACCCAACUAUCAGAGUGAAUAUCCUUGGUUCAACCAGAGCAUCCAUCUCAACGUUGCUCUCCAGGACAAAAUGAAGGAAGCCAUUGAGUUCUGGCUGAAGGAAGGCGUUUCUGGGAUCCAGCUCGGAAGCGUGGAGGAAUUCGAAGGCACCCAGAUCCUGAGCGACUGGAAGAAUCUGACGGAACAGUACAACGUAGACGACCACGGGAGGGUGUUGAUCGCUGUGACGCAGAGGCAGGAUGCCCAGGGCAUCUUGGCUCUUCUCAAUCAGACCGUCAGUGUGGAUGUGCUGACCAGCGACUACCUUGCAGGAGUGGCGGAAGCCACUGAAGAUGGAAGCCAGGGAAACGCGAUUGCCAGUUUGAUCAACAGCUACAUCCGAGAGGCCAAGUGGGCUGGAUGGAGUGUGGCGAGACCCAGUGUCGGAGAGUUGGCGGAUUCGAUGGGCGAGCAACUUCUUCGCCUCUACCACAUGCUGUUGUACACGCUACCGGGGACUCCUUUCACGGACUACGGGGACGAGAUUGGGCUGCGAGAUCUGCCAGGAAAGCCUGCCGCCUCUUCUGUCCCACGCAUGCAGUGGGACGAUUCAGCAAAUUUCGGAUUCUCGAAAGCGGCCCAGCAGCCAAGCAGCGAGCCAGCCAGCAAUGUUACAGUACAGCUACAGAGCGGCAACAAGGAUUCGGUCUUGACCUUCUUCCAGCAGCUGAGCGAGUUGCGGGGGAAAGAACGGUCCCUCCUCCAUGGCGAGUACUUCAUGACCCACAGCAGCAGCCCGAGCGUCUUUGCCUACCUCCGGGUCUGGGAUCAGAACAAGCGCUUCCUCGUGGUGCUCAACUUUGCUUCCCAGGAGACCACCGUCUCCAUCACGCAUCCCGACCUCCCUCCAGACAUGACGGUGGAGCUCAGCACGAAUCCGAGCCGGGAGAAGCAGCAGCUGGCCUUGCAGAAUCUCAAGCUGGGCCCUUCCGAAGGGCUGAUGCUUAGUUUCAUAUACGUGGCCUAGCCCGACUUCAGUUUCCUUCUCUGCUGCACUCCUGCGGAGGGGACCAAAGGGGGCCUUGCGCUACCCUUGCGGGAAGGAGACCGCCUUCGACUCCUUUAAAGGAUGCAGCUUCAGCACCCUUUUCUUCUCUCCCUCCUCUCUCAUCUUGGACUUCCUGUCUGUUUGCUUCCUCCUGCCUUCUACAUUCCUUGAUGUAUUGCCAGUAUUGUGUGGAGCAGCAGACACUAAACCCGGGUGGUGAAUGCACAACGCCUUGCCUGUCCAGAUGUUGUGGGACUUCCAGAUUAUUUGCCAAGCUAGACAAGGCUGGCAGGAGUUGGAUUCCAGAACAGCUGGAUGGUUUUGGAGAUAUUUAACCUUGCCUCUAAUGAUACUACCGUGCCCCCACCAAUCUAAAAAUACACUAAUGCUUAUAUGGGUGGGGGUCCAUGGAUAUAGUACUGAAAAUCAACUUCUCAGUAAUUUUCAGACAGGUGUAUGUGUGUGUUACCCCUUGGCCAUUCUUUCCCCCAACACUCAGUGAUCACAGCUGUGUAUUCUGUUCCAACUACAGACCCCCAACCCCUUCUUCGCCUGUGUGCUGACCUAAGUGGGUAUUCCUACAGAUGCAUUGUGUAUGUGUGUGUGUGUCCGUUCUUCGGUAUGUUUGAAAACUGACCCGGAAGAAGUUUAAUAAACUUCUCUCUCUUUUUUUCUGA